AUGCCGUCCCUGAAGGAAGAAGUGCCGUUCGAAAGCCGAGUUGCCGAGACGCACAAAAUUAGGGCCAAGUACCCCAACAGAAUCCCCGUGGUGUGCGAAAAGGCCAACCGAUCCAACCUCCCAGAAAUAGAAAAGAAGAAGUUUCUAGUCCCCAUGAAUAUGCUCGUUGGAGAGUUCAAGUUUAUCCUUCACCAACACAUAAACCAAAGUGCCUAUGGAAACAGUAUGAAGUUAUUUAGGGAGAAAACCAUCUACCUUUUUGUGAACAACGUAAUUCCCAAGACGGGGCUACUAAUGCAGGAACUGUAUGAAAUGUACAAGGAUGAGGAUGGCUACCUUUACUUGGAGUACAGUUGCGAGAGCUGCUUCGGUUAA